AACUGUCUUCAUUCUUGAGGAAGUUCACAAAGGCAACAGUUCUAGGAUUCACCUUGAUAGCUUUAGACGUCUAUUUCCAAACCUCCAGGCUACCAGAGAGUAAAGCAUUUCGUGACAGAAUCCAGAAGCAUAAAAACUUAUCAAAAUGGCACAGAAAGUUACACUGAUUACAGGCUGCUCCUCAGGCAUCGGACUCAACAUUGCAGUCAAACUUGGGAAGGACGCAGCGAAAAAGUAUAUGGUUUACUCGACCAUGAGGAACCUUGGGAAGCAAGAGCCACUCCAGGUUGCCGCAGGUGAUGCCCUCGACGACACGCUUUUUAUUCGUCCUCUCGACGUCGUCAAAGAGGACUCGGUGACAAAUGCCGUCAACGAAAUUGUCGACAAACAUGGUCGAAUCGACCUAGUCAUUAACAACGCCGGUAUCGCCACCUUCAGCCCUCUUGAGUACACACCACUGUCUGACGUUCGGGACGUGUUCGAGACAAACUUCUUCGGAGUUGUUCGGAUGAUGCAAGCAGUCUUGCCUCACAUGAAGGAACAGCGAUCAGGACAUAUCAUCAACGUCAGCUCCAUUGGAGGAGUCUUAGGUCAUCCAUUCUAUGAAACGUACAGUGCCUCAAAGCACGCCAUGGAAGGACUCACUGAAUCAUUAGCAAUCAGAAUGAAAGCAUUCAAUGUCAAAUUAACUAGCGUGAUACCAGGGCCGGUGGCUACAAGCAUGAAUGAAAAUAUCGUUGAGGGAAACCGACUGCCUCCAAGACAGAAGAUAGAUCCAAUCACAAGAGAACAACUCAAGAUACUGAGCACACAUCAGAAAGACCAGUUUGAGAGCAAGGUACAAACAGCGGAGGACAUUGCCGAAAUCGUCCAAAAUAUCAUCGAAAUGGAUCUCUCUAACAGACCGGUUCGGUUUCAAACUAGCGAGUAUGUACGAGAGAGGACCGCCAUGAAAUUUGCCGACUUCGGGUCAGUCACGUGGAUGGACUUCAUUCGGAAAAUCAUCGAGGAGCCGGUCGUUGCCGAUUCCAAACCGAAACAUGACGAGUCGCAGAUCUAAGAACCUUCUUUUUAAUUAUAAAAUCAGACGGUCUAUAGUGAUGCACGUUGCAUACGAGUCGCCACGCCGGCGGGCGAAAUGAUUGAUAUGCAUGAAUCAUCACUCUUUUUCUCGACCCAGGUUGGGAAAGAGAAUGAGGUUUUUGAUGGAACCCAUUGUAUAUUGAAAACGCUUGACGAAGGAAGGACCUGAAAUCUGGGGAGAUAAUUCACCAACUCCUUAGGAAGCGAUUAGCUACAACGAUUAUGGACUUUACCUGUGAAAGCCACAUCGGGUUUCCGGCUUGUUAACAGUAGCAGUUCCACGGGCGCUUUACAGUGCACAAGUCUCCCGCCCCCUCCCUAACA